UAUUAUGCUAUGCUGACACAGUGACACCGAGGUUGUCCUUCACACUCUUCUUCGACCAUGCAAUUGCAUACAACCUUGGCGCCAAUUUUCCACAAACCCAAACUGAUUCCCCUCUCCCUUCAAUUCUCCACCACCACCACCCUCUCUCCCUCUCUCUCACACCACCAUUCCCAAAAUGCACACCCCCAACACCAACACCACAACAUCGCCACCAUCAUCCACUCCCUCUGCGACUCUCACCGUUUCUCCGAAGCCCAUCAUCGCUUUUCCCUCUCCCUCGCCUCGGCCUCCCUCCCCGACGAGCGCACCUGCAACGUCCUCCUCGCGCGCCUGCUCGCCUCUCGCACCCCUCGCGCCACCUGGCGCCUACUCCGAUCCCUCAUUGCUUCCAAGCCCGGUUUCGUUCCCUCUCUGGUCAACUACAACCGUCUCAUGGACCAGUUUUGCGGUGCCCAUUUACCCCGCGACGCCCAUAGGCUGUUUUUCGACAUGAGGAAUCGCGGGCAUUGCCCAAAUGUUGUUUCUUUCACCACUUUGAUUAAUGGGUACUGCUCGGUUCGUGCGAUGAGGGACGCGCGCAAGGUGUUCGACGAAAUGCUUGAGAGCGGCGUGGAGCCGAAUUCCGUGACUUACAGUGUUUUGAUUGGCGGGGUUCUUCGGGAGAGGGAUUUGGAAGGUGGGAGGGAGUUGAUGUGUAGGCUGUGGGAGAGGAUGAGUGUGGAGGUGGAAGAUUCUGUGAAGACUGCUGCGUUUGCGAAUUUGGUUGAUUCUUUGUGUAGGGAGGGGUUUUUUGGUGAGGUGUUUAGGAUUGCUGAGGAGUUGCCGUUUGGGAGUUGUUUUUCUGAGGAGGUUUCUUAUGGCCAGAUGGUGGAUUCGCUUUGCAGAGUUGGGAGGUAUAAUGGGGCAGCUAGGAUUGUUUAUCUGGUGAGGAAAAGAGGGUUUGUUCCGAGCAAUGUGUCGUAUAAUCAUGUCAUUCAUGGGCUUAGCAGGGAUGGUGAUUGUAUGAGGGCUUAUCAGUUGUUAGAGGAAGGAGCUGAAUUUGGGUUCAUGUUAUCUGAGCAUACUUAUAAGGUACUAGUGGAAGCUCUUUGCCAUGUGAUGGAUGUGGACAAGGCGAGGGAAGUUUUGAAACUCAUGCUAAGGAAGGAAGGUGUGGACAAGACUAGGAUUUACAACAUUUACUUGAGAGCUCUUUGUUUCGUGAACAAUCCCACUGAGCUUUUGAAUGUGCUAGUGUUUAUGCUUGAGAGCCAAUGUCAGGCUGAUGUGAUCACCCUCAACACUGUGAUCAAUGGUUUUUGCAAGAUGGGUAGGGUUGAUGAAGCUUCUAAGGUAUUGCAUGACAUGUUGGCAGGUAAAUUUGCUGCACCUGAUGUUGUGACCUUCACUACUGUGAUUUCUGGUAUGUUAGAUGCCGCAAGAGUCGAUGAAGCUCUUGAUCUGUUUCAUAAGGUGAUGCCAGAAAAUGGUUUAAGACCUAGUGUUGUGACAUAUAAUGCUCUUCUCCGAGGGUUAUUCAAACUAAAGAGAGUGAGUGAUGCAUUGAUGGCUUUUAAUAAUAUGGUAAGUGAAGGCAUUACUGCAGAUAGUACCACUUAUACAGUUGUGGUAGAAGGGCUAUGUGAAUCUGACCAAGUAGAAGAGGCAAAGAGUUUUUGGCACAAUGUUAUAUGGCCUUCAGGGGUUCAUGAUAAUUUUGUUUAUGCAGCAAUUCUGAAAGGGCUGUGCCACUCCGGCAAACUUAAUGAGGCUUGUCAUUUCUUGUAUGAAUUGGUCGAUUCCGGGAUCUCUCCAAAUAUAUUUAGUUAUAAUAUUUUGAUCAACUGUGCGUGCAAUCUUGGCUUGAAAAUAGAAGCUUACCAAAUUGCUAGGGAGAUGAAAAAGAAUGGGCUGACUCCUGAUUCUGUGACAUGGAGAAUUCUUGACAAGUUACAUGGCAAAGUGAGGAAGGACAUCCAUUCUGAAGAUCCAACCAUGUCAACAACUUAUGAGGGACAUGACAUGGAAUAAGUGGGGAUAGAAGCAAAUGGAGUUCAGCUUGUACUUUAAAACAAUAACAUAAAAUUGUGGUUUGGCUCAGAGGGUCGAAAGUAUGAACAAACAAGAGCUUUGAAGUUUGAACAACAUCAAUGAGGACUGAGGAGCAUUAAACUAGAAGGACCAAUGGUAAAACUCUGAAUUUUCCCAUAUAAACAGUAAACUGGGUUAUUAAACCCUGCAGACAGUUGAUAUGCAAAGUUCGAAAAAAUGUGGUAUUGAACAGAGUUGAAAGAGAUCAUAUGAAUUUGAGAUAACUUUAGUGAUUUAUGAAGCAGCUAAGAGGGCUGUGACACUCUGCCGGAAGGAAAGCAAGCACAAGCAGAUUCAUGCACUAUAAAAAAAAAACUAGCAAACAGUCAUCAAUUUGAAAUAACUAGCAACAUUUGUAAUCUACAAAAAGAAGGCUACAAUAAGUUUAGGAUUUUAUUUUUAUUUUCUUGCAAAAAAAAAAAUGAGACAACUUGCUUUUUUCUUUCCCAUUUUUGGCAAAUGAUUUUUAAGAUGUAUGUAUUUGAAAAAGAUAAUAAGUUAGUGAAAUGAGACAAUUUAACCCGG